CGAAAUGCGGAAACGCAGAUGAAUCCUCAAGUUUAAGAGAUCUACAGUCGUUUUAUUGAAGAUGUAGCAGUUUACUACUGUUGGUUAAAUAAACAGAAAGCCUGUUGAUCCACAGCAGCUCAUAGCUUCGGUUAGUUUGUGAGUCUGAGGCUCUUCGUGUUGUUUCCUCACCUGAGUCCAUCCUGACAGGUGAACUCUACACAUCAUGCUCUGAUGGAAAACCUCCGAGCGCGUCUCAGGUUUGGGAACAAAGAGGAGGAUGUGAAACUGAGGAAACGCAGAUCUCUGCUGUAUUCAAAGGAGGAGCUGAAUCCUCUGAAUGACGGUGAGCUGACGGCCAGAGUUGUGGUAUUUUCUGUGGUCUUCAGACUUAUCAAUUGUCUCCUGGUUCAGAGCAGCUUCGUCCCUGAUGAGUACUGGCAGUCUGUGGAGGUGUCCCACCGCAUGGUCUUCAAUUAUGGAUAUCUGACAUGGGAAUGGAAGGCAGGAAUAAGAGGAUUCUUAUAUCCGCUAUUCUUUGCAUUCCUAUACAAGAUACUACACCUCCUAAACUACGACUCAGUCCAUCUCCUGAUUUGGCUUCCACGAAUAAUUCAAGCUCUCCUGGCUGCGUUUGCUGAUGUGAAAUUCUUCUUCCUCAUCCGAACGCUGGAAAAUCAUGAUGUUGCAAAAUGGACGUUCUUCUGUCACAUGUGUUCCUGGUUCACAUGGUUCUGCUGCACCAGGACUCUGACCAACAGCACUGAGACCUCCAUCACCUGUCUGGCUCUGUUUUACUUUCCUCUCCCCGGGUCCAAGACUCACAGCAGCAAGAAGUAUUUGGCCCUGGUGGCCCUGGCUGUGAUCAUUCGACCGACGGCUCUGAUCGUCUGGUUUCCUCUGAUCUUGUACCAUUUCUGGCACCAAGACGACAAACUGAGACUCAUCACUCAUAACUACAUUCCAAUAGGGAUGCUGGCCGUUGUAAUUUCAACAGCGAUCGACUGCGUGUUCUAUGAAAAGUGGACGCUGGUGCAGUGGAACUUCGUCAAGUUUAACAUCAUCCACAGUGUGGCAGAUUUCUACGGCUCUCACCCCUGGCACUGGUACUUCACUCAGGGCUUCGCUGUCGUGAUCGGACCUCAUCUUCCUUUCUUUCUUCACGGAUGCUCCCUCGCCUUCAGAAGAUAUAAAGUCCUGCUGGCAGCGGUUAUCUGGACCAUUGUGGUUUACAGCUUGCUUCCUCAUAAGGAGUUCCGGUUCAUCUAUCCUGUGCUGCCUUUCUGUAUGGUCUUCUGCGGGAUGUCUUUGGCACAUUUGAAGGCGUGGCGUCGAGCCACAGCAGCCGCCUUGUUAACGGCCAACCUGCUUCCUGCUCUCUACACCGGCCUGAUCCACCAGCGAGGAACUCUGGACGUCAUGAACCAUCUCCACUCUCUGUGUGACGUCAGCGUCUCCACCCGCCUGCAGCCGGACGUCCUCUUCCUCAUGCCCUGUCACUCAACGCCCUUCUACAGCCAUGUCCACUGCCCGUUAAAGAUGAGGUUUCUCGAGUGUCCUCCAGAUCUGGGAGAGGAGGGUUACUUUGAAGAAGCUGAGCGGUUCUACGACGAUCCUCUUCUCUGGCUCAGGACUUCAUUUCCUAACAAAUCCUCUCUGCCCACCCAUCUGGUUUUAUUUGAUGUUUUAGAGCAGCAAAUCUCCGUGUUUUUGAAAGGGAAUAACUUUGUGAGGACAGCAGAAAUAUUUCACAGUCACUUCCCUGAGGGAAGAGUUGGAGGAAGCAUCUUUAUUUAUGAAAGGCACUGACAAACACUGGAGCAAUGGCAACUUCAGUUCAUGAAGGAAAACUUCCUAUGAUGUGGACUUUGCACUGAAAUAAAUAUUUUAAACUCAAA